AUGGAGUCCGCGGAGUCCGCGGAGCGCGCCCAGGACCGGGUCCCCAGGGUGGACCCUUACGGGUUUGAGAGGCCUGAGGACUUCGAUUACGCCGCUUAUGAGGAGUUCGCUUCGGCCUACCUGGUCGUGCUCACCAGAAGAGCCAUAAAAUGGUCUAAACUUCUGAAGGGGAGGGGCCGAGUCCAGAGAAGCGGCACAGUGAAGCGCUAUAUCCGGAAAGGCGUCCCCCUCGAGCACCGGGCCCGCAUCUGGAUGGGGGUGAGUGGAGCCCAGGCCCAGAUGGACCAGAACCCCGGCUAUUACCAGCGCCUGCUCCAGGGCGAGCACGACGACAGGCUGGAGGAGGCCAUCAGGACAGAUAUGAACAGGACCUUCCCGGACAACGUAAAGUUUCGGAAGAGCGCAGACCCCUGCUUACAGAAGACCCUGUACAACGUGCUCCUGGCCUAUGGGCGCCACAACCAAGGUGUGGGCUAUUGCCAGGGCAUGAACUUCGUAGCCGGAUACCUGAUCCUCGUCACCAAGAGUGAGGAAGAGGCCUUCUGGCUGUUGGAUGCUCUCGUGGGAAGGAUACUGCCGGAUUACUACAGUCCCGCCAUGCUGGGCCUGAAGACAGACCAGGAGGUCCUGGGAGAGCUGGUGAGGACCAAGCUGCCAGCGGUGGCAGCCCUGAUGGACGGGCACGGCGUCCUGUGGCCCCUGGUGGUGUCGCGCUGGUUCAUCUGCCUGUUUGUGGACAUCCUGCCCGUGGAGACUGUGCUCCGGAUCUGGGACUGUUUGUUUAACGAAGGAUCCAAGAUUAUCUUCCGAGUGGCCCUGACCCUGAUCAAGCAGCAUCAGGCCUUUAUUUUGGAAGGGACCAGCGUGGUGGACAUCUGCGAGAGGUUCAAGGCCAUCACCAGGGGCAGUUUUGUGACCGAGUGCCACACCUUCAUGCAGAAGAUAUUCUCCGAGCCCGGGAGCCUGUCCAUGGCCACCAUCAGCAGGCUGCGCGCGAGCUGCCGGGCCAGGCUGCUGGCACAGGGCUGACUGGGGCCCCUGCCCGCGGCCACCGCGAGGCCUCGUUUCCAGGGCCCACCAGCUUCUGCUGCUUCCCUUCUUUAGUGCUGUGAAUACUCGAGGUCUCCACACUUGGGACUUUUUUAAAAGAACGACUUGGCGUAACGUCCUUCUGUAACUCCCUUAUGGCCCACGACGUCCUAAAUUUCUAGAACUAUUUUUACUUGAGACGCUCAUCCAUGAAACCGAGAUGUACAGAUUUGUAAUAAACUGUGGCGACACUG